AUGGGAACCACAGAAGCUACCAACGCCACCAUCCGACCGUUAGCGCUCGUGCGCGGCUCGGUGCGCAAGCGGACUGCGCCUGCGCACGCGCGCCUGCGGGCGGGCGUCUGCGCACCGCGUGUGCUGUCGCGCGUCUGCGCAGGGACAUCUGCGCACGCGCGCCUGCAGACGGCCGUCUGCGCAGACAAAACCUUGCGGGUGUGGGAGCUGCGCUCUGAACCCACGGCCGAGGCCCUACAGCAUUCUCUGUUCACAGUCUUCUCCCAGUUUGGCCUUCAGUAUUCGGUCCGAGUCUUCCCAAAUGCAGCAGUGGCCGGUCCUGGGUUCUAUGCCAUCAUCAAAGUUUAUUCAGCAAGGGAUGCCCACGGAGCCCAAAAGGCAUGCGACCAGAAGCAGCUUUUUCAGACAUCUCCAGUGAAGGGUCGUCUCGGCACCAGACAUAAGGUGGUUCGACACAAUACGCUUGCCCUAAACAGCUCCAGAUGCCAAGAAUUGGCAAAUUACUACUUUGGUUUCAAUGGGUGGUCAAAAAGGAUCAUCAAACUUCAGGAUCUUUCUAACCUUGAAGAAAGGGAAAAUGAAGAUAUUGUGACACCACUUCAGAAGCAAAGCCUGAAGUUCUUCUGUGCUUUAGAGGUGGUGUUGCCCUCCCACGAGUGCAGGAGUCCUGGAGUUGGCAUGGCUGAGGAACCUUUGAAUAAGUUGGAGGAAGGGUCAUUAUCAUUCCUUAUGAAAAGGCAGGUUACCCAGAAGCUGGCUAUUCAGAAGGCUGUGACAGAUGCAUUCCGGAAACUGCUGAUUGUGCUUUUAGACCCUUCUACAGAAAACACUACUUCAGAAAACAAUACAGCACAAAAUGUUUCUGAAGAAAUUAUUUCUACAGGAAACUCUACUCUGCCAGGAGGAACCGGCCCUGGAAACACUACCCAUAGGAACGUCUCCACUGCACAUUCUACUGCUGCUGCGGACAAUAGUAUGCCAAGUGUUCGACACACCAACGAAACACAAUGGGAGUAGCACAACACGGGCACUGAAUUAUCCUCUAAGCCCACAGGCUUCACUUUCCCAGGGCUCACAUCCCCGGGUGAUCAAGUUGAAACUCAGCUAAAG